GUUGCUGGGCAGGUUGGAAGGAUCGUUGUCCAAUGGAAAGGCGGCCAGCUGGUGGGCGCCGUGCGCACAGAGCCUCCCUCCCUUCCCGUUGUGGGUGCUACAGGAGGAGGGAAGGGCGGAGCGGAGGCUGCCGGGGCCCGGCGAGGGUGGCGCUCGCCUCCGCCUCCUCCUGGUCGGAGUCCCAGCCCCGUUGAAGGAAGCCCGGCCGGCUGGCUAGGGAGGGCACGGCAGGCUGCGGAGGAAGUGAGGGGUUUCUCCGCUUACAGUCACAUCGUCGUGCUUCGUUGGAUGGCUUGGCUUCUUGAUUAGUUCAGGACUUUUGGAUGACUACACUUUAUGCAAAAUUUGGAAUCUUCCUGCCUGGACUCCUUCCUGUUUUCUAAGGAUCACUGAAGCCCUAAAAUACGUCAGUGUCCUGUAGGUGACUACAUCCACUGUCUUUGUAUCUGAAGUGAAUAGAUGCAGUAAAGAAAAUGACUUGUGAACUGUUCAGUUGAUUAGAGCAAACUGUAAAGAGGCUUUUUCUGGUCAUUUCUAGCUCCUGUAAAGAAGCUGUUGCAUAGGAAUUUAGCAGCCAAGAUGUGAUGUUAUGGGGAUCUCCAACAGUUGCUGAGGACACCAGAUCAGAUGCACUGUUCAGUGUAGUCUGGCAGCUUACUGUGUUACAGGAGCUGAAUUCUCCAGCAGUCUUGUCUAGGCAGAUGGAUGUAGCCAUGGAGCCCUGCAGUACUUCCUGCAAAUCUGGAGAAAUCCCAAAAGUUCAUGUUGGGGAGAGGUCUAAAACGCAAGCUGAGUGACUAUGAGGAGAACAUGGCUGGUCUGUCGAGUGCCUUUGAUUCCAGUCGAAAUCUGUCAUACCCACUUAAGAGGCAGUUGGUGCUUAAUAUGUGCCUCACCAAGCUACAGACGUACAAAAUGCUGGUGGAACCGAACUUGCACCGCUCUGUCCUCAUAGCCAACACAGUACGGCAAAUUCAAGAGGAAAUGAGACAAGAGAGUAGUCAGCAGCCAAUUAAUGUCUGCCCUGGCAUUACUCCUAGUUCUCACAGCUACACAGGGAUGGAGUCAUCUGGAAUUUCUCUACAGUUGCCUUCAGGUAUUAGUCAGCAAGAGUCUAACUGUUGCAAUUUGCGGUCUGUAGAAGACCCAAUUGAAAAUAGCCUGCUGAUAGUGUCAGAUGAUGACAUGUCAUCUGCUAUUUCAUCUAUUCUGAAGGAUUUAGACUUUGUAGAAGAUAUCAGCCCCUCUACAUGUCUGGUUCCUACUGGAGACGACCAGCCAAAGUUUCCAGAAAACACUGGUCUAAAACUAGAAGAUGAUAGACAGGAUUUGAAAGGAGCUGAAUGUGUGUUUGGUUCCUUUGAGAUUUCAAAUUCAACUAGCUACUUGAAGGAUUUGGCAAUAGAUGACAUUUUUGAAGAUAUCGACACAUCAAUGUAUGAUUCAGACUUUUGCUGCCCUCCACUCAUGCCCCCCAGACCACCAUCUCUCGCUACGGAAGAACCAUUGAAAACCUUUCCGUCUUGUAAUUCGUCUCCGGCAAGCAACAUCCAGAUAUGUAGAACAGAUCUGAGUGAGUUGGACCACAUCAUGGAAAUUCUGGUUGGGUCCUGAUACUUGUUUUACCCAAAGAUACUUUUUAACUGCCACUUUUCAUUUGGUUUCUGGAUAUAAGCCACUGGAAAAGUUGUAAAGAAUUCUUCCAAACACAAACUAAAAAUAAUUUGUCCGUAGUGGGUUUUUUUCUAAAUAAUUCCAAAACUUGUAAACCAAAAAAGUGGCAGAUUUUAUUUUUUUUUAAGUAAAAAAAGAAAUAUUUAUUUAUCAGAACUGUGCAAUCAUCUUUCUCCUUCCAGGGUGUGUACGUGUGUGUGGAACUACAGUUGCGUACUCUUAUCACCCCUCAUGCCUCUUUCAAUAAACUUUUUUUUUUAAUGUGCAAUUUUUAAUUUGUCAGAAGAAUCUACAUGCAAAACGAAUUUCAUACGAGAUGAUCUUUUACAAAAGCCUCCACUUUAUUUUUAAUAUCAAGAGUCUAUGCCGGGUUGGGUGUACGUCGAGUCGCGUAGCUGGGUUGUGUGGCUUGCAGGAGCGUUACUAGAGAUGGGUAUAUUUUAAAACCGAGACACGUUUUGCUUCCUUUUGCUCAGAAAAGCAGAUCCAAGACGCUUCUCAACAAAGUCUCUUGCAUUUUCUAAAGCAUUCAGAACUAUUUAUUUUUGUAAAUUUUAUAGUCUUUCUACAUUUUACUACGUUAUUUCAUCAUAGUUCAAAUAUACUGGACUCGUAGUUGGAUGUGUUUAGCACUACCUCUGGAGCUGAAAUGCUUUAAUUCUUUCCAGUGCUUCGUCUAAGACUGCAGAUCUUUUUGGGGUGUUUUGUUUUGCUUUUGGGGUUGGUUUGUUCGUUUUGUUUUGUUUUUUGUUUUUUUUAUUCCUCUGGGGGGAAGUACUUCUAACUCUAGGCUGAUCCUUUGACAGUGACCUAGCUGAUUUUUGAAAUCAAAGGUAUUCAAUGUUUUCAAACUUAAGUAUUUACAAUUGUAAUUUAUAUGUAGAUUGUGCAAUUUAACAUUUUUCCUGUCAGUAUUAUGUGCUUAGAUUUUGAAUAAUCUUGGCGUUCUUUAAAUUGAAACUUACUAUGUACAGGUAGCUUUUUAAUCUGUUUUGGAAAACACUGUCCUUAGACCCUGCUUUCACCACAAAGUUUAAGAUGAUUUUUAUGUGCAAUAUUAUUUAAAAAGAUCCAUAUUGUAUACCUGGCAUUGUGGAAAGAAACGCUUCAAAUGUAAAACUUCCAGCACCUUCAGAGGAUACGUGGGAGAGUCAGCAUUUCUGUAUCCUUUAAGAAACAAAGUCAAGAACACUUCUGACUUACACCACCGCUUUCUGCUUUGACUACUCCUGAAGUGCUCACUGAUGUGGUGAGUCAGUGCUGAUGACCAAGUUCCAUCGUGAAGCAGUCAGUGCCUAUAAGAGCUCAGGGGUCUGGCUGCUCCAAGCCUGCCUGGCCUUCAGACGCAUAGUGGUAGUUGCUGCUGCUGCCUCAGACUGUUCUGGGGAAGGAGAGGCACAUGUCUGUGGCAGGUGUGGACAUAAGCAUCUGUAAGUGCACUCACUAAUGGAAAGUGAGAUUCGCAGUGAGAACUGUUUCUCCCUGAGACAGUUUGGAUCCCGUUUCAGCCUGAACUGAGGUCUAUAUUGAUCCUUGCUGUCAUCUUCUGAACUACACACUUGCACAGUAGGUUUUGGCUUGUUGUUUUUUAAUUUUUUAAUUAUAAAACUACUUUGAAAGCUGCAGCACCUGUCUUGUAAGAAAAUUUGGAGUUGUAAAAGCUUUGCUUUGGUUUCUUGGUUUUUUGGGGGGUGGGUGUUAUUUGUUGGUUUUGUUUUUUGUUUUGGGUUUUUUUUUCUGCUGAGACUUUUCAUGAACAGGGCAUCAGCAGAGGAUGAAAAUGUUCUCUGUGUGGUGCAUCUCACAGAAGCUGAAAUCCUGUCCCUGUCACAGGGGCCAGGGUGUCACCUUGUAUUUCUAGUCUUAACUGAUGCUGUGGCACCCCUGCCACAUCUCCAUUUUGUUUUACUGUGACUGUUUUGGUUAACAGUUAGCUGCCGAUGCAGUUUGGUAUCUCAAACCAGUGGAGAACCAGUUCAGGUCACAUCCUCGCAGCCAUCUGGGUUGUUUAGCAACCGAAGGGUAUAAAUGUAUUUAUAUGCAUAUAAUGUAUUGAUUCUAAUAUAAAACUUCUGAUCUAAAGUAUUUUGAAUUGCUGGAUAAAGGGAUUUGUUUGAAAAGUGUAUAAAUAGUUCUUGAAGAGGUACAGGUUUGGAAUGUACACAGAUUGUGCAUUGUGUAUAGACUACUCUGGCUUUUCCUUAGCCUCUACUUUUGUAUAAAAAGAUGACUGAAUAAAUCCUUGAAAUAUUAAGGGCCUUCUGCACUGUGAUGAAGCAGAGUUGUGGUUAAAAAAUGUCUUUAAAUUUGGUAAUGAGAGAUGAAAGAAAAAGACUGCAUCUAAUUUCUUUUUGCUUUUGAAAAUGUGGAAUCUUACUAUGCAGCAAAGAUAUUUUGGUAUGACAAUUGUAUUAUGUAGCAAAUAGAGGACACUUAAUAAUUCCACUUACCUUGCAGCCCCUAUGGGAACAUAAGAGAAGACAACUUGCUUUUCAGGAUUGACAUGCUAAAGGUUUUUAUAUACUUCAUAAAAAACAAACAAAAAAAAAAAAUUGUUGGCAGAUGUUUUAUCAACAGUUCAAAAUGUUAAGUUUUGUUCAAGUGCUUGCUACAAAGCUCUAAUUGGUUGCUUGCAUCACAGUGCCAAGACCGUAAGCUGGUAUGUAAUGCAGUUCAGUUACGUAUGGAAUUACGUGCAAAGGGAAGUUGAAUUUUUAAAUAUGCACAAAACUAAUUUUAAAAUCCUUCCAUGUAAAAUGAAGUUAGAGGCUAGUUGUGGUGGACCUAUUUAUUGUAUGUUUGGAAAUAAAAGCCACAGUUUUGCAGUUUAA